UAUUUUUUAAAGGUGAAACCUUCAGAGCACAAAUUGGUGUUUCAAGUAUUUGAUGAAAAUCGUUUAACACGUGAUGACUUUCUUGGCAUGGUUGAACUGACGCUAAAUAAUUUACCCACAGAGCAAGAAAAUACUACUAUAAGUCCACAAAGCUACUCACUAAGACCGAGAAGGUCAGUAGGCAGCGCAAAGUCACGGAUAAAAGGCACGCUAGAGAUUUAUCAUGCAUUUGUACAUGAAUCGGGGGAGGCAAACGAAGCUGACGCAGUUGAUGGGGAAUGGGAGCAUUUGGAGAAUACCUCAAGAAUGAGUGGAACUCAAACGGGACAAUUCCCAUCCAAUGUCAGUCACGACCCUUUGCCGUCUGGCUGGGAAGAACGGCAAGAUGCAAAUGGGAGAACUUAUUAUGUUAAUCAUACUGCACGUACGACGCAAUGGGAACGGCCAUUAGUCUCGGCAACUAGCAACAGUAACGUAAACGUUGAGGCAGCUGCAUCUGAUUUCCAAAGACGUUUUCAUAUUAGUGUUGAUGAAUCUGACUCCGGCAGACCUCCGGCUACCCCGAGAUCAGAUGAAGAUGCUUUGCCGCCGAAUUGGUCUAUGCAGGUAGCACCGAACGGUAGAACAUUUUUCAUAGAUCAUGCUGCGCGACGCACGACAUGGAUUGAUCCACGUAAUGGACGCGCUAGCCCAAUGCCUAAUCAAACGCGUAGAGUCGAGGAUGAUUUGGGACCUCUGCCAGAGGGCUGGGAAGAACGUGUUCAUACGGAUGGACGCGUGUUUUAUAUUGAUCAUAACACUCGCACCACACAGUGGGAAGAUCCAAGAUUAUCAAAUCCAAAUAUAGCUGGUCAGGCCGUACCAUAUUCCAGAGACUACAAACAAAAGUACGAGUAUUUCAAGAGUCAUAUUAGAAAACCGACAAAUGUUCCAAAUAAAUUUGAGAUUCGUAUACGUCGUACCUCGAUUUUAGAGGAUUCCUAUCGGAUUAUUAACUCUGUGACUAAAACUGAUUUAUUAAAAACUAAACUGUGGGUAGAAUUCGAGGGUGAAACGGGAUUAGAUUACGGUGGUCUGGCAAGGGAAUGGUUCUACUUGCUGUCAAAGGAAAUGUUUAAUCCAUACUAUGGACUGUUUGAAUAUUCGGCAAUGGAUAAUUACACAUUACAAAUUAAUAACGGCAGUGGUUUAUGCAAUGAGGAGCAUUUGAGUUAUUUCAAAUUCAUUGGUCGCAUUGCUGGUAUGGCUGUUUAUCAUGGCAAACUAUUAGAUGCAUUUUUCAUUCGUCCAUUUUAUAAGAUGAUGCUUCAAAAGCCAAUUGAUUUAAAGGAUAUGGAAUCAGUUGAUACCGAGUAUUAUAAUUCACUGAUGUGGAUAAAAGAGAAUGAUCCCCGGCAAUUGGAAUUGACUUUUUCAUUGGAUGAAGACACGUUUGGCCAAAAGAGUCAACACGAACUAAAGCCAGGAGGCUCCAAUAUUGAAGUUACUGACGAAAAUAAAGAUGAAUAUAUUAAGCUUGUUAUUGAAUGGCGUUUUGUUGCAAGAGUCAAGGAACAGAUGUCAUCGUUUUUGGAUGGAUUUGGCUCAAUAAUUCCAUUAAAUUUAAUUAAGAUAUUUGACGAACACGAGUUAGAAUUGUUAAUGUGUGGCAUACAGAAUAUUGACGUGAAGGAUUGGCGAGAAAAUACUUUAUACAAGGGAGACUAUCACCAAAAUCAUAUAAUAAUUCAAUGGUUUUGGCGUGCAGUGCUCUCAUUUUCGAACGAGAUGCGUUCACGUUUAUUACAGUUUGUUACUGGCACAUCACGCGUUCCAAUGAAUGGCUUCAAAGAGUUGUACGGCUCAAAUGGUCCGCAAAUGUUUACCAUAGAAAAAUGGGGUACACCUAACAAUUAUCCUAGAGCACAUACAUGUUUCAAUCGUUUGGAUCUACCACCAUACGAAGGUUAUGUCCAGUUGAAAGAUAAACUAGUUAAAGCUAUUGAGGGCAGUCAAGGUUUUGCUGGCGUCGAUUAAUAUCUCUAGCAGUAGUAAAAUUCCCUAUAUCAACGAAAAAUUCCGCCGUAUAAGAUAAAUUGCGGAUUCGAGGCCUUUUACGCUGACUUGUGUACUUAUUUUUCUGUUUAUUACUAUAUAUUAAUAAUUUUACGAACUUCCUGUUAUAAAAAAAAAUAUAAAUACCAAAUUACUUCAUACUAUU